AACCCUGUUUCUCAUUGCGGAACUCGAGGCGGGCGGACCGGGCUCUGGUGUGGAAAUAGGACAUUUCACCAAUAAUAAUGAUAAAAGUCAAACUCCUCGGCGUUUAGGAAGCGUUCCGGCUAUACAUUCAACAGAAAUCGUCCCAGAAGAACGAAGAAUUGGGUCGCCGCCUGCGAGUUUAACCCCUGCUAGCUCGUAGCUGAAGUUAGACUCAAAUGUAGCUCAUUAGCCGGCGAGCUAUCAAAACAAGCCAUGAUGGAGAAAAGGGAACAGGUACAGCUGAGGAACAACCCUCGCAGGCAAUUGAAGAAGCUCAGUGAGGACAGUUUGACCAAGCAGCCUGAAGAGGUGUUUGAUGUAUUGGAGAAGCUUGGAGAGGGGUCUUAUGGCAGCGUGUUCAAGGCCCAUCAUAAAGAGACGGGGGAGAUCGUGGCCAUUAAACAGGUUCCUGUGGAGUCAGACCUGCAAGAGAUCAUUAAAGAGAUCUCCAUUAUGCAGCAGUGCAACAGCCCGCAUGUUGUGAGGUACUACGGCAGUUACUUUAAGAACAGCGAUCUGUGGAUCGUGAUGGAGUACUGUGGGGCUGGCUCCGUGUCCGACAUUAUCAGACAGCGCAACAAGACGUUAGGGGAGGAUGAGAUAGCUGCCAUCCUGCAGUCCACUCUGAAAGGGCUGGAGUACCUGCACUUCAUGAGGAAGAUUCACAGAGACAUCAAAGCUGGGAACAUUUUGCUGAACUCGGAGGGACAGGCCAAACUUGCUGAUUUUGGUGUUGCAGGACAGUUAACUGACACGAUGGCGAAACGAAACACGGUGAUUGGAACGCCGUUCUGGAUGGCUCCAGAGGUCAUUCAGGAGAUUGGUUAUAACUGUGUAGCAGAUAUCUGGUCUCUGGGAAUCACCGCUAUAGAGAUGGCCGAAGGGAAGCCUCCAUAUGCGGACAUACACCCUAUGAGGGCGAUAUUCAUGAUUCCAACAAAUCCACCACCAACGUUUCGGAACCCUGAGCAGUGGUCCGAACCUUUUAGAGAGUUUGUGUCACAGUGCCUGGUGAAGAGCCCUGAGAGCCGAGCAACGGCCACACAGCUUCUGCAGCACCCAUUCAUAAAGAAUUCCAAGUCCAACAGUGUCCUGAGGGCACUGAUUACAGAGGCGAUGGAUCUCAAACUGAAGAAACAGGAGGCUCAGCAGAGAGAACAGGAUGCAGAAGAUGAAGAAAACUCGGAUGACGAUGAAGUGGAUCAGGGUACCAUGGUGAGGGCUGGAGCUUCAGACCUCGGAACCGUCCGUGCGGCAGGCUCUCUGGGUAGCUCAUCGGGAACUAUGAUCGAGCACGAUGGCACCAUGGAGUCUCAGCUUGGCACAAUGGUCAUAAACUCAGAUGACGAGGAAGAGGAUGCAGGCACUAUGAAACGCAGCGAAGAAACGGUGCAGCCAGCUAAGCCGUCGUUCCUUGAGUAUUUCGAACAGAAAGAGAAGGAGGCCAACAAAAACAGCGACAACGACAAUCGCAAACUGCCUGCAGAAGCUGACAUGGAGGUGAUACGUUCCUGGAGUGUGGAGGAGCUGAGGAGGCGUUUGGCCUCUCUGGACCCUCAGAUGGAACAGGAGAUUGAGGAGAUCCGCCAGCGCUACCAGGCCAAGCGCCAGCCCAUCCUUGAUGCCAUUGAGGCCAAGAAGCGUCGCCAGCAAAACUUCUGAGCUGGCUUAUCUCACUUUGUUUAGGAGGACACUGUCAGUUACCGAUGAAGGUACAUGUGAAAGUUCACAGAACCAAUCCAUGCUGUCCUGCAUGAUAUUUUUGCCUAACUUAUAAGGUUCUUGCUGUGCAUUUAUUUUAUUUUGUUUAUUUUUUGGUAUUUUUAUCUCUGAUGCUGCGUCUCCACUGCUGUUGGUACUAGACUGGUGGUACUAUUGGACUCAAAAAGCCAGGGAACAACAUUUUCAUACACUGUCUUUAUAUGUUUACACCACUUUGUGUUGCUCAGUGCUUUGGUUUUUUUUUUUGGUUUUUUUUUAAUGCUACUUGAGUUUGUAUGCGCUGUUUUGUAUACAGUUCGGUGUAGCGUCACUGUUCUGCAGACAAUUUCCAAAGUUUUGUAGUCAUAAAACACACAAUUAAAUGAUUUGCAUAUUCUAAUUAGUAAUCUUCUAAAGCAGAGGUCUUCAAUCAAGGCUCUCAUCUGGUACUUCAAGGGUUUUUUCCCCUCAAUCCCAUUUCAGUGGUGGAAACUAAUCAUUUGAGUAAUAUUACAUUAUUUUAAUUAAGAACAGCUUUAAAGUCGUUCAGAGUGGUUUGGUGUGAAAAUGCUCUGUUCUAGAGAAACUUACUGAGUCAGAAUUGUUCAGGGUGGUGAUGUCAAACAUGUAAUGCCUCUCAAAGCUUUUAGUUUUGCAAGGCUUUUGGCCUAAAACAUUAUACAUAUAAUAAUAAUAUAAUAUAGUGUGUGUGUGUGUGUGUAUGU